AUGGAUGCCACAACGCAGAUAGAACCAGGUGACCUGUUCGACUUCAAUUUCGAAGUUGAGCCCAUCCUGGAGGUCCUUGUGGGCAAGACGCUGGAGCAGGGAUACAUGGAGGUCCUUGAGGAGGAGGAGCUGGCAGAGAUGCGGGCCCACCAGGAGCAUUUUGAACAGAUCCGGAAUGCAGAGCUUGUGGCCACGCAGCGCAUGGAGGCCGCGGAGAUUCGCAAGAUGGAGGAGAAGGAGAGGCGACUGGCGCAGGAGCGCGAGAGGUUGGAGAGGGAGCGCGUGGUCCGAGAAAAGGUGGCUGCGAGCACCUUCGCUAGGGGGUACCUCAACGGCAUCGUGACCACCGUCUUCGACCGCCUUGAGCGCAAGGGGUUCUUCUACGACCCCGUCGAGAGGGAGGUAGAGAACGUCUUUAUGCCUUGGCUCAAGGACGAGACCCUCAAGAAGAUUAGAAACGAUAUACUGAUGCGGCAGCUGGUGGUGUCCCUGGUGAAGGAAGCGAAGGAUCUCCGCGAGGCUCAGAUAAGGGAGGCGCAGGAAAAGGAGGAGCGGCAGAGGAAGGCUCUGGAAGAGCACGCCGCGCGAGAAGCGGCCGCCAUGGCAAAACUCCAAGAGGACAUUCGAGAAGGCAUCGAAAGAAAGGCUUCCCUGAUUCUGCGCGAACUCCCGGAGCCGGUGGCGCCCCCCGAGGUCGUCGACGGCGUAAGGUCGGAGCUACAGGCGAAGGCGGAGGAAGCGUGCACGGCGGCUUGGGAGGAGGCCAAGGCCAAGGUGCUGGAAGAGGCCAAGGCGGAGUUCCGCAGCGGAAAGGAGGAGGAGGAAAUUGACGAGGCCGAAGAGGAGGCAUUUGUGGCCGCUGCGGUGGAAGCCGUGCCCAAGCCAGAAGCCCAGGGGAUCACCGAUAGAGAUGUUUUGUCGGCCAUGCUAGAGAGUGGCGCCGUGUCCAAGGAUGGAAUCGUUCACGGACUGGCGAUAUACUACUUGGCAGAAGCUGAAGGGAAAUUGGUUCCUCAGGACCCAACAGAGGAAGAGGACAAAAAGGAAUAG